AUGGAAAACAAGAAUACAAAAAGAGACGAGUUGAGAGCAGUGUUUAAGGAAAAUCAGGAUGCAAAGUUCAUAUUAACAGGGCAUAGUUUGGGAGGAGCAUUGGCUAUUCUUUUUGUUGCUGUGCUUAUAUUGCAUGAGGAAGAAUGGUUGUUGGAUAAGUUAGAAGGUGUUUAUACUUUUGGGCAACCAAGAGUUGGAGACAAGAAGUUUGGGGAAUUCAUGGUGGAAAAGAUGAAAAAGUAUGAUGUGAAGCAUAUGAGAUAUGUUUACUCUAAUGAUUUGGUGCCUAGAAUCCCUUAUGAUGACAAAUCCAUUUUCUUUAAGCACUUCAGUCCUUGUCUUUAUUUCAAUAGCUUAUACCAUGGGCAGAUUCUAGAGGAGGAGCCAAACAAGAAUUAUUUCUCUUUGUUUUGAGUGAUACCCAAGAUCUUAAAUGCAGUUUGGGAGGUGAUUAGAGGUUUCCUUCUACCAUUUGUUGUAGGAAGAAAGUAUAAACAGAAUUGGUUCAUGACGAUAUUCAGGCUUGUUGGAUUGAUAAUUCCAAGAAUACCAGCUCAUAUCCCUAAUGAUUACGUCAAUUCUACCCGAUUGGGAUCCUUAAACGAACAUCUAGAGAUUCAAAGACCACAACAUUCCAAAGAUGAUUAAUAUCAAUGACUUUGUUAUAAUUAGUUUUUAUAUUGGACCCAUAUGUUGGAUUAUUUGACUUGGUGCAUGAAUAAUAUUACAUAAUUGGUGGGUGAUCCAAUGGAUAGAGACUCUCCUAUACCAUAUUAAAUUUUUAUAGUAGGUCUAAUUCAUUCUUAUCAAAACAACUUGUAAAAUAAAAGAUAUCUCUCUUUGUAAACUCAUUUCAAACAUUAUUUUUAUUCUAUGUGGAAAUUGGAUUUUCUCCAAAUAAUUACUAUGUUCAUGAUUAAUUACUUUACAAAUAUGAAUUAUGAUGAUAUAGACAGAACACAAGAUAUCCUGAGGCAACUAACUAACCAAGGGCAUUCGUCCAUUUCCCAGUCCCACUGACCCUUCUCAUUAUUACGUGCAAGUAUAAUAGCAGAAGUUGGCACAGUUGGCCAUCUCACGCAUAGAUUUGUACCAUUGAAGCAAAAUUAGUAUGCAAUAGGGAACAAGAAAUAGAUAAAAAUCAAACUAAGAAUGAAGAACAAAUUGAAGCAUGUGUGAUUUAGAAAAGGAAAUACUAUAUUGCAGAGAUUUUUAUCGUUCUACUACAGGAAAAUAUUCGUACUAAUAGAUUACAUUUGAACAGCACUGU